AUGGUGAAAGAAACUAACAUGUUGAAUUUGCAUUCAUGCUGUCCGGUGCCAGUUUCUAGCCGAAGAAGCAACAAAAAUCAUCGUUACAAGUGCCAAUUGUGUACACAGACGUUCAGGAGACGCGAUGGUUACGAUCGACAUCAGUUUUUGCGCACCGGGGUGUACACGUAUCCUUGCCAGGAGCCAAACUGUAGCAAAGCAUUCACUAACCGAUCGCACUUGGUACGACAUGUGCGGGUGAAUCAUAUCGAAUUAAGCAGUACAUCCCGUCCGAAUGUGUGGAACUGUACGCAUCCAGAUUGCCCGAUGAAGUUUUCCAGAAAGGAUACAAUGAAUCGUCAUUACCAAUCGAAACACAUACACGGGAAACCGCACGUGUGCGACGUGUGCAGUGAGAGCUUUUGGCGUAAACUGCAACUGAAGCAGCACAUGAUGCGCCAUACUGAUCAAUAUCCCCAUCGGUGUGAACAGUGCGGACAAGGUUUUGUGAAUCUGAAGUCGAUGCGAAGCCACCGGUGCAAGCGCAAUGCCUAUGUGUGUUCCAAUUGUUCGAAGGAAUUUGUCCGCUGGUUAGAAUUGAUCACUCAUCAGCAGCUCGAACAUCCAGUACAGUUUCGAUGUGAGGAGUGUGGUAAAUGGUUUCGCACGAAGCGUAACCUGAAGUUACAUGCCCAGGCUCAUCUGGCGAAAGAUGUGAAGGAGGUGUACGAGUGUCCUUACGACGACUGCAUGCGAUUCUACACAUACAAGAACAAUCUGAAUGCACACGUGCGCUUGAAGCAUCCAAGAACUAGCAAGGAGAAGUAA